AGAGAGAGGAGGGGAGAAAAAACGGAGAGAGCGAGCGAGCAGCGUAGACGCAGUGGGACACAGAGUCAGAGAAGACUACACCGACGCACAUAGCCACACAACAAAUAAAUAGAGAAUCGACUCGAAAUUGCGCGUCAACGAGCCCGACCCGAGCGGUGUGCGGCCGAAACCCUUUUCACCAUGGAGACUGCGGUAAAAACACAAUCUAAAAUGUGAGAUUUACGAAGGCAAUCAGAAGAGAGCGAGAGAGUGGCUUUACCCCCUUAUCUUGCGCUGGUGAAUUCAAUUCUGUGCUCCGUCGUCGUCGCAGUGUUUCUGGGGUAAAAUGAAGAAGUUUAACAUCAGGAAGGUACUGGACGGCCUAAAGGAGCAAGCGUCUUCCUCGGCUUCGUCUGGCCAGUCGGGCACCCAGGAGAACAAUUUGAUGCAGGAGACCCUUCAGUCCGAGAAUUUUCAACUCUGCAAGACUGUCCGUCAUGGCUUCCCCUAUCAGCCGUCGUCCAUGGCCCAUGACCCAGUCCAGAAGAUCCUGGCCAUUGGGACCCAGAGUGGCGCCCUCAGACUGUUUGGUCGUCCAGGUGUAGAGUGCUACUGUCAACAUGAGAGUGGAGCCGCUGUCAUCUCGCUACAGUUUCUCAUCAAUGAGGGGGCGCUGGUGAGUGCUCUGGCAGAUGACAGCGUGCACCUUUGGAACCUGAGGCAGAAGAGGCCCGCCAUCCUCCACUCACUCAAGUUCAACAGAGAGAGGAUCACGUUCGUCCACCUGCCCUUCCAAAGUAAAUGGCUGUACAUCGGCACAGAGAAAGGAAACAUCCACAUCGUCAACGUGGAGUCCUUCACACUCUCAGGCUACGUCAUCAUGUGGAACAAAGCCAUCGAACUAUCCUCCAAGGCCCACCCAGGUCCUGUGGUCCACAUAAGUGACAACCCCAUGGAUGAGGGAAAGCUUAUAAUUGGAUAUGAGUCUGGGAUCGUGGUCUUGUGGGAUCUGAAAUCAAAGAAGGCAGACUACCGGUACACUUAUGACGAGGCGAUCCACUCGGUUGCCUGGCACCAUGAGGGCAAGCAGUUCAUCUGUAGUCACUCAGACGGAACGCUCACCAUAUGGAACAUUAAGGGCCAGGGCAAGCCAUUUCAGACGAUCACCCCACACGGAAAACAGCCCAAGGAUGGAAAGAAGCCAGAGCCUUGCAAACCCAUCCUCAAAGUGGAGUACAAGACCACUAGACUGGGAGACCCAUUUAUGAUCCUGUCCGGAGGGCUGUCUUAUGACACGGUGGGUCGGCGGCCAUGUCUGACGGUGAUGCAUGGGAAGAGUACAGCCGUGCUGGAAAUGGAUUACCCCAUCGUAGACUUCCUCACGCUCUGUGAGACGCCAUACCCUAACGAUUUUCAGGAACCUUAUGCUGUUGUGGUCCUUCUAGAAAAGGAUUUAGUGGUGAUCGACCUUGCACAAAAUGGUUACCCCAUAUUCGAGAACCCCUAUCCACUGACCAUCCACGAGUCUCCUGUGACCUGCUGUGAGUACUAUGCUGACUGCCCUGUGGACCUCAUACCCGCACUUUACUCUGUUGGCUCCAGACAGAAGCGACAGGGCUACAGCAAAAAGGAAUGGCCCAUAAGUGGUGGUAACUGGGGCCUUGGCACACAGAGCUACCCUGAGAUCAUCAUCACUGGGCAUGCUGAUGGGACUGUGAAGUUUUGGGAUGCUUCUGCAAUAAUGCUCCAGGUACUAUACAAGCUGAAGACGGCCAAGGUGUUUGAGAAGAGCAGGAAUAAUAAGGAGGAAAAGCAGAACACAGAGAUUGUGGAUGAGGACCCGUUUGCCAUCCAGAUCAUGGCCUGGUGUCCUGAGAGCAGGAUGCUGUGUGUGGCCGGGGUGUCUGCCAACCUCAUCAUAUACCGCUUCAGCAAGCAGGAGAUCACCACCGAGGUCGUACAGCUGUUGGAGGUGCGUUUGCAGUACGAGGUGAAUGACAUGGAGUCCCCUCCAGAGGGGGGAGGAGGGGGUGAUCGUGACCUGCCCACCCCCGGAGCAACCUCACCCAGCCCCCAGACCACCGGACCCCCGACACACCCCUCCACCAGCAGCAACUCCUCUGACGGGGUCCGAGACAACGUACCCUGCCUUAAGGUGCGUAGUACCCCUCUAAAGCAGUCUCCAGGGUACCAGGUAGAUUUGGUGGUGCAGCUGGUGUGGGUGAGUGGAGAGCCCCCCCAACAGAUCACAAGCCUGGCCCUCAACUCCUCCUACGGCCUGAUUGUGUUUGGGAACAGUAAUGGUCUGGCGGUGGUGGACUACCUCCAGAAGACAGUGCUGUUGAACCUGGGGACAGUGGAGCUGUAUGGGUCUAACGAUCCCUACCAGAGACAGCCUCGCUCUCCACGCAAGACACGCCAGCCUUCCGGAGGCCUGUGUGAUAUCAACGAGGGCUCUGCCUCGGAAGACCGCUGCAAGUCCCCCACUUCAGUGUUGGCGUUAAACCAUCAGCAAUUCUACAAUGGAAGUGGGGGUAGAGGAGCAAAGAUGUCACGGAAAUUAAGCUUGCCUACUGAGCUAAAGCCAGACUUGGUCCUCCUGUCUGUAUGUCCUCCGCGGGGCGCCAACCCACUAGACCACCGGGACAACUCCUUCAGCCGUUCACGCUCCUCCUCCGUCACCUCCAUUGACAAGGAAGCACGCGAGGCCAUCACCUCCUUCCACUUCUGUGAGACAUUCGCUCGGAAGGGGGACAGCACCAUCACACCCUGCCUGUACGUGGGCACUUCCCUGGGCACAGUGCUGGCUGUGGCCCUCAACUUGCCUCCUGCUGGGGAACAGAGGCUACUGCAGCCUGUCAUCGUCUUGCCUAGCGGUACCCUGGGGCGUCUGAAGGGCAGUAUCCUGAGGAUGGCCUUCCUGGACAACACGGGCACCUUCCUUCCCCCUGCCUUCGAGCUGUGGUACGAGCCCAACGCCGUGGGCGCCGACAGUGAGGAGCGAGACAAAGCCCGUAAACGCCGCCCGGUCUCUGUGUCGCCCUCCACCUCCCAGGAGCUGCAGGAGAGUCAGUUUGCGGUGGUGUGCUCUGAGAAACAGGCUAAGGUCAUAGCACUGCCCUCCCAGAACUGCAUAUUCAAACACAGCAUCACAGAGACAUCGUUCGUCCUGAGGGCUGACGUGGUCCAGAUGAACAUAGGGAACUGUGUGGCCUGUUUCUGUGCUAACGGACACAUCAUGACCCUCAGUCUGCCGGGGCUGAGACCAUUGCUUGAUGUAAACUACCUGCCGCUGACAGACAUGCGGAUAGCCCGGACCUUCUGCUUCACCAACCUGGGCCAGGCCAUGUACCUCACCUCCCCCACUGAGAUACAGAGGAUCACAUACAGCCAGGAGACCUGUGAGAACCUGCAGGAGAUGCUAGGAGAACUAUUCACACCAGUGGAGACCCCGGAGGCUCCCAACCGAGGAUUCUUCAAGGGGCUUUUUGGGGGAGGAGCAACUUCCCUAGACAGAGAGGAGCUAUUUGGUGAGAUGCAGGCGGGUAAAGCAUCCCGUGGCCUUGCCCAGCACAUCCCGGGUCCUCAGGGCCUGGAAGGCAUGAAGGGUGCAGCCUCGGGCGUGGUGGCGGACCUGGCACGUGCCCGGAUAGCACUGGACGAGAGAGGGCAGAAACUGGGCGAGCUGGAUGAGAGGACGGCCGCAAUGCUGGCCAGCGCAGACUCCUUUGGCAAACACGCCCACGAUAUGAUGCUGAAGUGCAAAGACAAGAAGUGGUACCAGUUCUGAUCUGAAAGAGGGGAGCAGAGCCAAAGAGACACUGCUUCAUCCGGACUCUACAUGCCCCCCUCCUCCAUCUCUCCGUCCAUACAUCCUUCCAUCUCUCCUUCCUUCGCUGGACACGUGGGAUACUCUUCCCUAGCACAAUGUUGUAUACUGUAUUUACCUCAGUCAUAAGGUUUCAUAUGAGGAACGGACUAGAGAGAAGGACAAACUGGAAAAAAGGUGUCCUUUUUAUUGUUAUCUUUUGUUUGUUUGUUUUCCCCUCUGUGGCCUGCCAGUUGGUUGGAGCUCUGGGGUUCUCUCAUCCUCAUUCGCCAAAAUGUUCUGUGCCGUCGUCUCUGCUCCAACCAAUCCAGAACCAGUAUACUAAAGACAAAAACAGACACAACUGAGAAAAAAUUAACAACGAAGAAAAAACAACUACAAAAAAAAUCUCAAAAAGGAAAAAGAUGAAGAAAAAAAAUAUAUAUAUAUAUAUACAUAAUUAUAUAUACAUAAAUCUAUAUAAAUGAUCAACGCUGUAUUCACUUCCGACUGUCAAGUGCAAAACAACAAGAGGAGAACUUCACAGGUGGAGCGAAACUGGUGGUGGGCAUAAGAAGCUCUACUCAAAGUAACAGGAUGUGUUGCCAUAGUGACAGCCGGCUCUAUGCAGAGAGUUGCAGGAUUAAAAAAGCAAGUCAUUCCAAUGUACACUGGAUCCUCUCUCCUUGAUCCAACUAGACUCUCCUCAUCAUAUGGAUUCACUGUUUUCGUAUUGUUCCCAACUGUAUUAUACAUGUAUUCAUUUCCUUUCUCUUGUGUAUCGUUAAUUUUAAGCUCAGUCUGUUUUACUUUAAAUCUGUUUUUAUUUGUUCUUAGUUGUCGUGAAAGUUGUGAAUUAUGAUAUAUUUUGAUUUGGUAAUGUUGCCAGUAUGUUUUGUGGCUUUGUCUAACUCCCAUUAAUUGAUCCUUAUAAAAAGGGCUGGAUUCAAAAAGAGGGCAUGGAUAUAAAAUACAUAGAUUUAUCAUGUAGAUCAGUACACGUCACCAUAAAUAAUGUGUCAUACCAGGUAUCACACACAUCAGAAAUCUAAAAGCAAGAUCAGAACUCUAGAAGCAAGACUGUCAGUGUCUCCUCUCCCUGAAGUGUUUAAUUUGACAUGUAAAUGCUACCUUCCCCCCCUGACCUCAUCAUGCCAUUAACAUCUACUACAGUUUGGCUUUAAUAAUGACUCUGUGUGAAUUAUGUCAGUGUUACAGUAGGCCUAUACACUGCUAGUGUAUCCACACCUAUUGUAUUGAUUUUCAGGAGUAAUAUUGUAUGGACAUGAACUCCUCGAGUGCACAUACACAAACCUAUUUGUGUGUGUUGAUAUAUGCAGGAAUAUAUAUAUGUACAUUCAGGCAAAGUCAUGCAUUUUUGAAGACAGAAACGUUUUUUUUCUUUUUUCCGUAAAAUAACUUUGUCAGUGUGAGUGGUCUAUUAAUUCACAUUUUAUAUAUUGAAGUGUAAGAGACGCUGCUAUAUGUGUAGUGUGUCGGAACUGUCCUCUGUUUCUGUCCCCAUUUCAGUGGUGAAAACACUCAUAUGUAUCUACUUUAAUGUUCUGCCAGGCUUCUCUACCAUUCUUUUGUAAAUAGGUAAAUAGUUUGACAAUCUAAGACCAAUUGAAAAGUGGUUGACAUUGCUCAAGCAAGCGACACAAGGACAGCUGCCAUAUUUUUUCUAACGCCAAAGAAUUAUUUUAGCUUUCGUUUCAUUGUUCUAUUACUGAACUCUAUUACUCAAUUACUCAACUUACUCAACAUACCAAGUGUUUCACUAAUUGAAAUACGAUAGGUCUAGGUCUGUCUAUACAGGGCCUCUGGGAACUGUGCAUUCUGACCCGGUCACUGAGUUUAGGUUCCAGGUCUUUCUUCUCGAAGACCUUUUCGACUCAUCAUGAUAGGAGAUGGCUGGUUAGGUUGGAGUAAGAUUACAGCAACUCAACCGUGAGGCCACUAGUGAGGGUAGCAAGUUUUCAGAAUCGAACACAAGUAUUGUAUUCACAACAUUGUGCCCUUCAUAAAAGUUUUACUAACUUCUAAACAACAUUUGACCCGCACAGUAUCUUUCAAGGUAGACGUUGCCACAAGCAGCACCGCAGAUAUUGAGAUGAGCGAGAUGCAAGAUUUUGCUCUCACACAAUCACACAGUAUAGGUGCAUGUGUGUUGGGUAGCCAGGGUGCCAAAAUAGCGAAGAAGUUGAGCAUCGUGCUUCAACGCUCUUAGUUGUUGCAGAAAUUGACCCACCAUGCCAUUUACUUUUUGCAACUACGUCUCAUAUUGCUGAGUCUACCUUUAAUGUUCAACUUUGCUGUCUUUUCCUUUCCCAUUUUCAGUUGUACAUUGUUCUUUAACAUUUUUUGGUUUGUUGUAUGAUCAACAAUGUCUUUCUUGUCUGAAAUACUUGAUUUCCAUGACCAAGCUUUCUGUAUCCAAUCAAUUGUGGGAAAUCGCCAAGAAAAAAAGAAACAAGUCAGUAACCACGGUAAGUAGAGGAUGUCUACAUCAGCAGGAUGAUGCAACCUCUGUGUAAUGUGGCUCCAUCAUAGACCGGCCUCGCAUGUUCAGUGUCCGAGUCUGCACACAUCAUGCUUCAACUCUCCCUCGCUUGUCUUCUAAUGCAUUCUCCUUCUACUCCAAUAGCAGUUCCAAGUGGCUCAUGUUGGUGAUGCUAACUAACAGGUUUGGUCUCCUCUGUGUUCUAGUAUGCAUUGUUGUGUGGAUGUCAGUAGGUAGCCCUGCUUCAAUCUUCCAAGGUGGAAAGAAUACUUCAGGAAAAAAACAACUAGUCUAUGAUUGAGGUCCUUCCCUUCCCUUCUAGCUCUCUUUUAUUUUUCUAUUCGAUUUUUUAAAUGUGUUUUUUCUUGUCUUUGAGUGAGUUGUUUCUUGCCUAUACUCAGUAUGCAGUAUUCUUCUUACCUGGUGUGAUUCAUACUAAUUUACAAGAGGGAGUCUGUCCGCCAUAAUGCCAUUUUCUGUCCUGGAUUUGUGGGUUGCAGUAUUUUCUCAUUGUAGCCAAUUUUCUUGUACAGUUUUAUGCAAAUUUCACAUGGAUGUUUAUGACUUUCUCUGCUGCCACAAACAAUUUAGAAAUUAUGUAGAUAGAAAUGACUGUGCAACGGAAAAUAAAAGUGGAAAAAAUGUA